GCCAUUCGCCAAAGAAGGGCUUUGGGCGGGAGUUAGUUUGAACUGAAAGUUGUUCGCUCUGCUUCAGGCCAGAUCGGUCGUCGUCUUGCUUGCUUGUUGUGAAGUCUUCUCCUUUCUGCUCUGUGGAUAUGGCGGCACUUACCGUGGAGAAGACGGCCGGCGGCCGGGAAUACAAGGUGAAGGACCUUUCGCAGGCUGACUUCGGCCGCAUGGAGAUCGAGAUCGCGGAGGUGGAAAUGCCUGGUCUGAUGGCUUCCCGCGAGGAGUUCGGCCCGAAGCAGCCCCUGAAGGGAGUGAAGAUCACGGGAUCGCUCCACAUGACCGUCCAGACAGCCGUUUUGAUCGAGACGCUCACUGCUUUGGGCGCACAAGUGCGCUGGUGUUCGUGUAACAUCUUCUCUACUCAGGAUCACGCGGCAGCUGCUAUUGCCCGCGACAGCGCCGCCGUGUUCGCAUGGAAGGGAGAGACGUUGGAAGAGUACUGGUGGUGCACAGAGCGCGCCAUUGAUUGGGGUAGUGACGGCGCGGGACCGGACAUGAUUGUGGACGACGGCGGCGACGUGACACUGCUGAUUCACGAGGGAGUGAAGGCUGAGGAGCUGUACGAGAAGAAUGGGACUCUGCCUGACCCGAGUUCCACUACCGUUGCCGAGUUCCGCAUCGUUCUCUCGACGAUCAGAGAGAGUAUCAUGAAGAAUCCACGAAGAUUCAGGGACAUCGCCAAGAACAUCAGCGGGGUGUCGGAAGAGACGACGACGGGCGUGAAGCGCCUCUACGCCAUGGAGAGAUCUUCGGAGUUGCUUUUCCCUGCGAUCAACGUGAACGACUCAGUCACCAAGUGCAAGUUUGACAAUCUGUACGGCUGCCGGCAUUCUCUUCCGGAUGGGCUGAUGAGGGCCACUGAUGUCAUGAUUGCAGGGAAAGUGGGGGUGGUGUGUGGCUAUGGCGACGUCGGCAAGGGUUGCGCCGCCGCCUUGAAGAACGCCGGCGCGCGGGUCAUCGUUACCGAGAUCGACCCCAUUUGUGCUCUGCAAGCGGUUAUGGAGGGCUUCCAGGUUCUGACGCUAGAGGAUUGCGUCGAGUACGGCGACAUUUUCGUGACAACGACGGGCAACAAGGACAUCAUCAUGCUGAAGCACAUGAUCCGGAUGAAGAACAACGCCGUUGUGUGCAAUAUCGGUCACUUCGACAACGAGAUCGACUUGGUGGGUCUUGAGAGUCACCCAGCAGCGAAGAAGACCACCAUCAAGCCUCAGACGGACAGAUGGGUGUUCUCCGAGACGGGCCGCGGGGUCAUCUUGUUGGCAGAGGGAAGGCUGAUGAAUCUCGGCUGCGGCACUGGUCAUCCCAGCUUCGUCAUGUCCUGUUCCUUCACCAAUCAGGUCAUCGCGCAGCUAGAGUUGUGGACCGAGAGAGGCACGGGCAAGUACCAGAAGAAGGUCUAUGUUCUGCCUAAGCAUCUCGAUGAGAAGGUUGCCGCUCUUCAUCUGCCCAAGCUUGGCGUCAAGCUGACCAAACUUACGGAGGAGCAGGCAGCGUACAUCAAUGUCCCCGUUGAUGGGCCCUUCAAGCCCGCCCAUUAUCGUUAUUAAUAGUAAGUUCUAUUUUUGGACUUGUCGAAAUUCAGUUCUUUUUUUGGACUUGUCGAAAUGCAGUUCUAUUUUUGGAUUUGUCGAAAUGAAUGUCUAUUGUUGGC